CUAACACAGUUUUAUAGAGGAUCAAAAUCUUUGUAAGCUCAGUUUAGUAGAAUUUAUGGAUAACCAUAGCAAUGCUCUUCUUGGCUGGCCUUACUACGCCCAUGGAAAGACUACAGAAGAAUUAAGACACUCUCUUCUGUACACAACACUCGAGCUAGAACAAACAAAAAUGUUUGUUCAUGAAGAAAUAAGGAAGAGAGAUGAACAACUCAUCCAUCUUAAAUACAUAUUAACCAAAACCAUUAAAGAAAGAGACGAAGCUCUCGAAAAAUGUCAGAGACUCAUGAUGGAUAACCAUUCACUUCAACAACAGAAGCAUAUGACUCCUCCUUUAUCCGGAGCGUCAAGCAUUGAUGAUGAAACAUAUCAGCCACAACAACUAGCAUCAAACAAGAGCUUCUCCUCUUCAGAUUGCGAAGAGAGCUUCAUGUCACCCACUGAUCAUGUCAUAAACCCACAACCAACUCAGCUUGAAGAAGUCUCAGAAGCUGAGAUUUUGGAUCCAUUGCUUCCAGACAAGCCAUUGCCUGAAAAGGGUAAGCUUCUGCAAGCUGUUAUGAAGGCAGGGCCUUUGCUUCAGACUCUGCUCUUAGCUGGUCCGUUACCUCAAUGGCGACAUCCUCCACCGCCUCUCAAGACUUUUGAGAUCCCUCCAGUCACUGUCCAGUGCCCUAAUGUCAACAAUGGGUGUGGAAAAUUCAACAGGAAGAGAGUAUUCUCAGAUGGGUCAUAUUCAGAGGCUAAGUAUCAGAAAGUUCUUCUCCACUGACCGAAAAUCAACACAACUCUGGCUGCUGAUCCUUUACUUCUACUAAACUUGUAGUACUAAUAGUCAUCUGAUGUACCAUUUACAUAGGUCAGUUUCAAGAUUAACUCCCACAUAGGGUUCAAGUGGGAGUUGAUCUUUUGUACAUUAGGACAAGGACAAAAAAAACUCCCCUGGUUUAACCUCUUACUCAAUGGAGAGUUAAUACUAUGUGAGAGAGUUUGCUAUAUUACUUUUUUUCUUUAGGGAUGCUUUUUGUUCUUUUUGUUUGUGUUUUUGUAUCACCAAACCAUAUCCACACUCAUGUUUUGGUUCCAUGAUGUGUUGAAUUAGGGUUUCUUUUCUUGUUUUUCUUAUGUUCAAGGUUUUUCUCUUUGAUCUUAUGUAAUAUCUGAAGCUCAAGACUUUAGCUUCAUUGAUUUGCUUUUCUUCUUUCCUGGCUUCAUAAUGUAAUUUGUGUGUAGUAACUGAAGUUUAGUAAUUAAAGA